UCGCCUCCGCAAUCACCGCCAGGACCAUUGCCUCCGCAAUCACCGCCAGGACCAUCGCCUCCGCGAUCACAGCCAGGACCAUUGCCUUCACGAUCAUCGCCAGGACCAUUGCCUCCACGAUCACCGCCAGGACCAUCGCCUCCACGAUCACCGCCAGGACCAUCGCCUCCACGAUCACCGCCGGGACCAUUGCCUCCGGAAUCACUGCCAGGACCAUUGCCUCCGCAAUCACAGCCAGGACCAUUGCCUCCGCAAUCACUGCCAGGACCAUCGCCUCCACGAUCACCACCAGGACCAUCGCCUCCGCAAUCACUGCCAGGACCAUUGCCUCCGGAAUCACCGCCAGGACCAUUGCCUCCACAAUCACAGCCAGGACCAUCGCCUCCGCAUUCACCGCCAGGACCAUCGCCUCCACGAUCACCACCAGGACCAUCUCCUCCGCAAUCACAGCCAGGACCAUCGCCUCCGCAUUCACCGCCAGGACCAUCGCCUCCACGAUCACUGCCAGGACCAUCGCCUCCACGAUCACCACCAGGACCAUCGCCUCCAUGAUCACCGCCAGGACCAUUGCCUCCGCAAUCACAGC